AUGAUAUUUGAAUUAGGUACACAAGAAAACCUUAAUCAGUCUAAAAAGAGCUUAGCUCUUACGUUACAACAGUCAACUGAACGUACUGAACCCAUAAUGGGUCCUAUUUUGGAUCCUAAAAAGUCCCUAGUCAUACCUAAUUCACAAUUUACCGAUAAUCCUUUAUCUGUUCCACCAGAAAUUGAAUCUUAUCAGAAUCCUUCUGAAAGUGUCUCAAUUCUUGACUCAAUUGAUGAAUUAAAAUUUAACAGCGUCGAAGAUGGAGUGUCUCAUGCUUACAUCAACGGGAAUUUUGUUGAAAAGUGA